CAGCUGAACCAUAUUGAUCUGUCAUGAUCUCCGCCUAAAGGUCUUCAGUUUCACUCUUCAGCCAUCAGUCCAUCUGAAAAGGUGACGAUCCACUCUGUGGCUCCAUGAAGAAUGGAGUCUUGUCGUUCCGUUUGCUUCGGAGCAUUAUCCUUGUUUUGGAGGGGGGCUUGGGUGAGGUAAGACGUCCUAGGAGAGAGAUCAUCGGAUUUCCCGGUGGAGACAGAUUCUGUUCGAGACUUAGUGUAGCCGGGAGACGAGUAACCAAUCUCAGUAAGGUCUAUCUUCACGAUGGCCAGACCAACCUAUUACCGUCAGGGAUCUCGCACCCUUGGCGUUGGUCGUUUUCGGUUAUGGCGUGUGCAGUCACAACCACCAAGCCACGAACACGAUUGUUACCAUCCUUAAGGUUUGGUCGCUUGAACAACACCAAGCCAACUCCGCGAAUACUCGAUCCACCAUCGCCAAUUCCUCAACAAUGCAGCAGUGAAGGAGUCAACCACCUGGCUAAUUCAGGUACCAAAAACUCUCGUCGUCCCUAGGGACAAAUGAGGAUUAUGGCAUGAUACCAUGGUCGAUCGCGAUCGAUGUCAACUAAUGUCAAUCAUCAUGACAGCUGAUACGUGCCCACUUUUUCCCAUCCCACCCCGGCACCGGUUUGCCAAUUGACAGAUCACCCGGAUCGACUAGUGGGAUCGAUUUUACCAUAAACCACCG